GAGAUAGAUAGAGAGAGAGAGAGAGAGAUCGAGUUGGAGAGAGGGAGGAGAUGCGGGCCAACGGCAAGGGAAAGGAUGAUGGAAAUAAUGGGCUGGUGGCCGUUGCCAUUGAUAAGGACAAGGGCAGUCAAUACGCUUUGAAAUGGACCAUUGAUCAUCUUGUGUCCAGAGGAAAGACCUUGAUUCUCAUCCAUGUCAACACCAAGUUGCAAUCCGUUCCUAAUCCCACGGGGAGCAAUGUCUCCAUCUCGGAAGUUAACGAUGAGGUAGCGUCGACCUACCGUCGCCAGCUCGAUGCUCAGACAAAGGAGCUCUUCCAACCAUUUCGCUGCUUUUGCACCCGUAAAGAAAUACAAUGCAAAGACAUCAUACUUGAUGAUACCGACAUAGCGAAGGCGAUAACCGAGUAUACUGCACAGAACGCAAUCGAAAAUCUGGUCAUGGGUGCGGCGUCCCGGGGCGGAUUUGUUAAAAGGUUCAGAACCACAGAUGUUCCUACUAGCAUUUCCAAAAUGGCACCAGAUUUCUGCACGGUGUAUGUCAUUUCAAAAGGGAAGAUCUCAUCCGUUCGAUCUGCAGUCAGGCCGGCACCAGCGACCUCUCCUCUCCGCACUCAAAUACAGAACCAUAAUAGCAUCAGAUCAGAACAUUCGUCCCCACAUUUGUCUAAUGGCCCAAAAGGCGAUGCAAAAAUCCAUCGCCACCCUCAAACCGAGAACCAACAUACUCUGCGGGCGGCCGAAUUGGACUCGAUCAGAAUCAGAUCACCUUUUACCAGGGGAUCGAGACCCUCAAAUGUGGAUUCCGACAUAUCAUUCGUGAGCUCCACCAGGUCGAGACAUUCAAUUGCGGAUUCUGACAUAUCAUUCGUGAGCUCCGACAGGCCGAGCUUGGACCGGAUGCAACCUUCGCUCUUCGACCAUAUGGAAUCCAGUCGGACCUCAAGGUUGUCUAAUAGUUCAGACAUGUAUGAUAACCGGAGCUUUGAAUCAUCAAACACACCACCCAAUAACUCGAUGACUUCGCAGGAGAGUGGUGGGUCGACAUGGCCACCCAAUAUGAUGGAAGAUGUGGAAGCUGAGAUGAAGAGGCUAAGGCUGGAACUAAAGCAGACAAUGGAUAUGUACAGCACAGCAUGCAAGGAAGCGCUAACUGCGAAACAGAAGGCAAGAGAUCUCCAUCUCUGGAAAAUGGAGGAAGAACAAAGACUAGAAGAAGCUCGACUAGCCGAGGAAAGUGCUCUCGCGAUCGCAGAGAACGAGAAAAUGAAGUGCAAGGCAGCCAUGGAGGCAGCAGAAGCAGCUCAAAGGAUCGCACAGCUGGAAGCACAGAAGAGAAUGAAUGCAGAGAUGAAAGCACAUAAGGAAGCACAAGAGAAGAAGAGCACACUAACUGCAUUGGCAAAUACAGAUGUCAGAUAUCGGAGGUACACAAUAGAGGAAAUCGAGGUGGCAACAGAGUACUUCACAGAAACUCGUAAAAUCGGUGAAGGGGGUUAUGGGCCAGUGUACAGAUGUUAUCUAGACCAUACACACGUCGCCAUUAAAGUUCUACGGCCAGAUGCAGCUCAAGGAAGGUCACAGUUUCAGCAGGAGGUUGAAGUACUGAGCCGCAUACGGCAUCCCAACAUGGUACUCCUUCUUGGAGCCUGCCCAGAGUAUGGCUGCCUAGUUUACGAAUACAUGGCCAAUGGGAGCUUGGACGACCGCCUCUUCCGAAGAGGGAACACCCCAGUAAUCCCUUGGCAGCUGAGGUUUAGAAUAGCAGCAGAGAUUGCCACAGGUCUGCUCUUCCUCCACCAGACCAAGCCAGAGCCGCUGGUGCACCGUGACCUCAAACCUGGAAACAUCCUGCUAGAUCGCAACUUUGUCAGUAAGAUCAGUGAUGUAGGGCUGGCCAGACUCGUCCCCCCGACCGUUGCUGACCAUGUCACACAGUACCGCAUGACAGCAACUGCUGGAACCUUUUGCUACAUCGAUCCGGAAUACCAACAAACAGGCAUGCUAGGCAUAAAAUCCGAUAUCUACUCCCUCGGGAUCAUGCUCCUGCAGAUAAUAACAGCCAAGCCACCAAUGGGCUUGACUCACCAUGUCGAACGGGCUAUCGAGAAAGGGACGUUUGCUGAAAUGCUGGACCCAGAAGUUCUAGAUUGGCCAGUUGAAGAGGCCUUGCAUUUUGCUAAGUUAUCACUCAAGUGCGCAGAGCUGAGGCGGAAAGACCGCCCAGACCUCGGCAAGGUCAUAUUGCCAGAGCUCAGUAAGUUAGCAGAUCUCGCAGAGGAACAAAUGCCUCAUUUCAUGGUGGGAAGUACACACAGCUCGCCACACCAUAGUUACGUUUCCAUCAACCAGGAUGUCAUAAGCGAUUCACUGUAUAUACACUCGGGAUACAACAGCUCAAGGAGCCGCUCAAGCGCAUCAUCCAUGACUGGAACACGGAUGUCCCUUCACUGAGACGAAAGGAGUCGGAAUAGCCAUAGGGUCGGAAGUUUCAAAAGAUUUAAGAAGCUCGUUCAAUGUUGAGCACUGCAGUCCUUUUGCACUGUAAAACAAACAUCAAUUUGAGGAAACUAAAUCCAGUUUCUCAACAUAUAUACCAUUGUUUUAUAUCCUAGUCAAGUUAGAAAUUCUGUUAGUUCUCUAGUGAAUAAUAAGUAUGCUCAAGGGGAUGGCGCCUAGCAUUGACAGGACAAUCCUAUUUU